AUGAGAUCACGUGAUAUCUCGCUAAAGGUUAGCACAUCUAUCCAUUAUGCUAUUCUAAUACUAACCCAUUCCUUAGGACUUACCAAGGGGCACCCUCGUCUCUUUUGGAAAGAGCAUGAACAUGAGUAUCCUGUGCUUGCAAGGAUAGCACGGGAUAUCCUCUCAACACCUGCCAGUGGUGCUGGUGUUGAAAGGCUCUUCAAUUGUGCUCGUGAUGUCUGCCACUAUCGUCGGGGGCAACUAAAACCAGACACAAUCAAAGGCUUGAUGCUCCAUUUAUUCUCAUCAAAGUUUGAGCUUGAACAAAGCGAGCUAGAGAUGAUCAAGGAGCAUUUGUCUAGUGGAGAGGCUGCUAUGCUUGAUCAGAUAUGGAAGCCUGUGCCAUCUCUCAAUGAAGUUGAGCCGAUCAGUGAUGAUGAAGAAGAGGGCUGCAAGGGCAACAAUCUAUCUGAUGAUUUGAAUAGUUCAGAUGAUGAUAAUUCAGAGGAAGAAUUGACUCUCACACAAAUUACAACUCAGAGGAAGCAAGAACGACGCAAGCGGCCUUGGUAUAAGACCUCUGAGCUUCAAGAUGAUGGAGAUAAUGGCUUCCCACUUCCUGAAAUGGCAACUGAAAGGAGCACGCAGGCGCGGUCAGGCAGGAUUUGGAAGAAGCCAAAGCUGCCGGAUGGAUUUGAGAUUGAUAGACUGUAA